CUCACGUCCCGUCAUCACUGUAGGAGAUGUGGGAUAACAUGGGAUGGUGUUUUUGAUAUUCUCUGUUCUUAUGCAGGCCUAGCUUCUCCAAGUGCACUAACACCAGUAGCAUCCCCUUACGGUAACAGGCAGAAGUCUACCACUCCGGUUACAAAGCCUUUGGAAGAAAUUGAAGCUAGGCCUGAUAUGCAAUUGGAAUCAGAUAUGAAGCUCGACAAGCUGGAGUCGUUCUUGGGAAGGCUGAAUAACAAAGUUGCUGGAAUGCAAGAGACAGUGCUGACAGUUACAGGAAAAUCUGUGAAAGAAGUGAUGAAGUUGGAUGAUGAUGAAACAUUUUCCAAAUUUUACCGCCAUGUGGAUUUCCCUUCCUCCUCGGUGCCUUUGGACCUUGAUGAGGACUUUGAUGCCAUCUUUGAUCCUUAUGCACCAAAGUUAAUAUCCUCUGUAGCAGAGCACAAACGUGCAGUAAGGCCUAUGCGCAGGGUUCAGUCCUCCAGAAACCCCCUGAAAAUGCUGGCAGCAAGAGAAGAUAUUCUUCAUGAGUACACUGAACAAAGACUGAAUGUUGCUUUCAUGGAAUCAAAGCGAAUGAAAGUAGAAAAAAUGUCUGCAAACUCAAAUUUCUCAGAAGUAGCACUUGCUGGUUUGGCAAGCAAGGAGAACUUCAGCAACGUUAGUCUGCGGAGUGUUAACCUAACAGAGCAAAAUUCUAACAACAGUGCUGUGCCAUACAAGAAGUUAAUGCUGCUGCAAAUUAAAGGAAGAAGACAUGUUCAAACAAGAUUAGUUGAACCAAGGGCCUCAUCACUGAACAGUGGAGACUGUUUCCUAUUGUUAACUCCACAUCUCUGUUUCUUAUGGGUAGGAGAGUUUGCAAAUGUCAUUGAAAAAGCAAAGGCUUCAGAACUUGCAACUUUGAUUCAGACAAAGAGGGAACUUGGCUGUAGAGCUUCUUAUAUACAGACUAUAGAAGAAGGAAUAAACACCCAUACCCAUGCAGCCAAAGACUUCUGGAAGCUCCUUGGUGGCCAAGCAAAUUACCAGUCUGCUGGAAGACCUGAAGAGGAUGAAAUGUAUGAAGCUGCCAUAAUAGAAACUAAUUGCAUUUACCGUCUUGUAGAAGAUAAACUCAUUCCUGAAGAUGACUACUGGGGAAAGAUGCCAAAAUGUACCCUGCUACAACCAAAAGAGGUGCUCGUAUUUGAUUUUGGCAGUGAAGUGUAUGUCUGGCAUGGAAAGGAAGUUACUUUAGCACAAAGAAAAGUAGCAUUCCAGCUGGCAAAACACUUGUGGAAUGGCACCUUCGACUACUCAAAUUGUGACAUAAAUCCUCUGGACCCAGGAGAAUGUAAUCCCCUCAUACCCAGAAAGGGACAAGGACGUCCAGAUUGGGCCGUGUUUGGCAGGCUAACAGAACAUAAUGAGACCAUACUGUUCAAAGAAAAAUUCCUUGAUUGGACAGAGCUGAAGAAACUCAAUGAGAAGAAUUCUAGUGAAUCCCUUCACCAGAAGGAAGAAUCCAAAUCUGAUUCUAAACCAUAUGAUGUCAUGCUAAUGGUACCUGUGCCUCAAACUGCUGUAGGCACAGUUCUGGAUGGAAUGAAUAUUGGCCGGGGCUAUGGACUUGUAGAAGGAGAAGAUGGGAGGCAGUUUGAAAUUAUCACUGCAUCUGUGGAUGUCUGGCACAUCCUGGAGUUUGAUUAUAGUAGACUGCCUAAACAAAGCAUAGGACAGUUCCAUGAAGGAGACACAUACGUGGUGAAGUGGAAGUACAUGGUGAGCACUACAGUUGGAAGCAGACAAAAAGGAGAGCAACAAGUAAGAGCGGUUGGAAAAGAGAAAUGCGUGUAUUUCUUUUGGCAAGGAAGGCACUCCACAGUGAGUGAGAAAGGGACAUCGGCACUGAUGACAGUGGAACUUGAUGAGGAGAGAGGAGCACAGGUACAAGUUCUUCAAGGGAAAGAACCGCCAUGCUUCCUGCAGUGCUUCCAAGGAGGGAUGAUUGUGCAUGCUGGAAGAAGGGAAGAGGAAGAAGAAAACGCACAAAGUGACUGGAGACUAUAUUGUGUGCGAGGAGAAGUUCCCAAUGAAGGAAACUUACUUGAAGUAGCAUGUCACUGCAGCAGCCUGCGUUCCCGGACAUCCAUGAUUGUCCUCAAUAUAAAUAAAGCUCUUAUCUAUCUGUGGCAUGGCUGCAAAGCACAAUCUCACACCAAGGAUGUAGGAAGAACAGCAGCCAAUAAAAUAAAAGAACAAUGUCCGCUGGAAGCAGGGCUGCACAGCAGCAGCAAGGUGACAAUACAUGAAUGUGAUGAAGGGUCAGAGCCUUUGGGAUUCUGGGAUGCAUUAGGAAGGCGAGAUCGAAAGGCCUAUGAUUGCAUGUUGCAAGGUAGACCUGCACUCCUGAGUUUGGCACUUCCAGUUUACUUCACUGGUCUAUAGUAUUGUCAGAUUUAA